CAACGACAUGUACGCGGCGGCGGGCGGCGCAUCGUUGGCCAGCAGGCGGCACAAGCACAAGCACCGGAACACGGCGGACGCGGACGCGCUUAUCCACCAACAGUUUCAGCGUCGGUUCCAGCAGCACCAGCAACAGUACGCGCCCGCGUCCGCCGAACACCAACUCCGCGCCUCGUCGUCGCUGACGCCGUCCACGCCCAUGUCGCCGUACGGUCAGGUCCGGUUGUCCGGCCCCUUCGAUUCGGCCGAGGUAAAGCGAGCGCGACCGCCCGGCCUUAGGCUUCCUUUAGCUUCAGCCCUUUCUGCCUAUCCGUGGGCUUUCCCUUACGUAUCCCCGGGAGUGCCCCGCGCGUACAAAGUGUACCUAUACAAGAAUUUACCUGUAUAGCAUAGUGACCAUUAUAUAGGAAGUGGACGUAGUCCCGCCCAUUCCCACCGACCUAUAGUGCUAUAGACCAUGAAGAGUAAAACUAGUUUUAAUCUUCGAGUGUACUACCGACCGGGAUGGUCGAAUUGCACUUUUCGCAUAAAUGAAAUACCUAGACGAACUGCACUCCGGUCAACAACAGGUUAUGGUCGAACUGUACAUAAACAAAAUCGAAAAAAGAAAGUUUUGAAAAUGUUCAUUUUCCUUCCCACUCACAGACUUAGAACUGACCAGCGAGUCUAAAAAACCAAUUAAAACCAACGAGUCUAUAAUUGUACGAAAUACGUGAUAUUAUUGAAUAACAGUUGCUACUGCUACUGAACAAGUAGCAGCGAAAAUAGCAGUGACUGCUACCAUGUUAAAAUGAUAACAUCAUGACUGCUGCUUGGUGUGACGUAUCACAAUAGUAAUUAAUGAUUUUACUUUUUUUUAAAGAUUUUUAAAGUUACUACACUGCUACUAAUAAAUAGCAGUGACUGCUCCUUAGUACUACACUUAUAGUGAUAGCAGAGUAAAAGAGUAAGUAGCAAUUACUGCUAUUUUCAUUCUAAUGUAACAGUUUUUGAUUGUUACUUUAAAAUGAUGUGUGAAAAACCACUACUACUGCUGAUAUUUCCUGUCAUCAUUAAUAUUGACUUAAAUAUACGUAAAAAAGAUAUCUCGAAACCCUGGUAUACAGUCGAUAGUACAGACAGUUCAAAUAAAAAUCUAUGAUUUUUCUUUGUAGUUAAUACGACUAUUUUUCUAUAUUGUUACUAUAUCUAUAUUGUUUAUUUUUGAAAAGUAAAUGUAUAAUUAAUCAAUCAACUGGAAUUAAAUAAUAAAAAUGAUCAGGCAGUAUUUCUAAAUAUUUAUUAAAU